AUGUCACCAAUCGAAGCGAUCAAGAUAUUAUUUACAUCACUCAAAAUGGAUGUGGUGACUCAAACUUUGAUAGAGAACGAAAACCGCAAUACCACUUUGCAGACUUUGCAUGAUAGGUACAAGAUGAAAGUUGACAACAUUCUACAACUAGAGACAGAUAUAAAACCGAAGCUUGAGGAUGCGUUGGGACCAAAAUUUACAAGGUUAGAUGAGAGAGAAAAAACGGUACUUGUCAAGAUUGCAAAUGAAAUUGCUGAUGUUAUGAAUUUUGCAAAAGCUCCAUAUAUUGAUGUUUUGAGUGCCAACUGCAGGGACGCAGUGAAAAGCUUGUGCAACCAUAUGGAUGAUUUCUGUCACUACACUUGGAAAGGAUCUGUUCCUUACAUUCAAUCAUUUGGAAACUUGUGGACAAUUUCACUUGCACUAUACUUUACAGCGAGAGUUGUAGAAGUUGGUCGCCAUGAUGACAGAAAGCGGAUUUUAACUUCAAAGAAAUUGAAUGAUAACAAAUUCGACAACAUUAAACCCGACAUGACCGAUACUUCAUCAAUUGAUGUGGAUAGACAGGUUUUUAUGCUGUUCACUGUGGGUCAAUUUUACAAUUUCGAAAUUCCCACCUUUUGCCUCCCAACUCGGGAAAUCAGUGUUUGGGUUGAAUCUGUUUGGGCAAGUCGCUUUGCUGUCACGUUUCUUGUCCCAAUAUGUGUGUUUCUGGGGUUUCAAAUACACCAAGAAGAGCUAAAAGACAUUGAAGGAGAAGGUGGUAAAUCAGCCCUGAAGCGGCCAGAUUUCAUUCUCGUCAACAACCCCGAAGUGGAGGUAGCACAAAUUUCAGAAAUGGCACCACAACUAACAUUAGAAAUGAAGCUUGGCUCAGGCAAGGAAACUCUAAGAGAUAACGUAUAUUUGCAAGUCCUUGCUAACAUGGCAGUUACUGCGACAAAAGUCGCAUUUGUUAUCUCUGAAGAAGAUAUCUAUAAGGUAGAGUACAAGGGUAUUAACAAGCAGGAGAAAAAGGUUCGUCUUGCAAGCCACAAGUACAAUCAUAAUACUAAUGCCGCAGGGUGCCUCCUUUAUGAAUUACACAAGAAGGAGAACUAUGGAAUAAACACCGAGGAUCACGAGGAGCUUAAAAAUUUCAUAUUAAAAGAUCCAGAAGCUUCCCUGGCCACAUCUGGUUCUGCACCAAAAAGUGGAGGUACUGAAAGCUCAAAUGAAUCAAAAAGAAAGCGCAAGGAUGUAGAGAAGGAAAGGAACGUAGGUAGUUACGUAGACCAGAGGCAAACAGACUCGCUGAACAAACAAUCGAAGCGUGGUCGUGGUAAUCAAGGAACUAAGGGUAAGGUGAAAAAGGUUGAGCAAUUCUUUUCUCGUUUUGGAGAGCGGUUGAAAAAACUGAAGGUCAGGGAAGGUGAAGCAUUAGAUGAAGAUUCUCCAAGAAACGGUGUUGACUCCAAUUUCCCUCCUGCUGCUACGUCAGAUUACGAAAAUGUGUCUAACAGAUCUUUGAACCCAUUUCAUUGGAGACAAUGGCGCGGGUCUCAAUCAUUACCGUUACCGCCUGCCAAUUCUCCUCAGAGAGGCUGA